AUGGCCAAAGUUCUUCCAAUUUAUCUUCCAACUCUCCAUCUUCUUCAUCCUUUCAUUUUCAAUCACCUUGUGUCAGGAGAGAGUUAUGGCUUUGCAAGAACCUUAGACAGGAAGCUCUACAACCUCAAGAAAGAAAAGCUUAGCCAUUUUCGCCUCUUCUGGCAUGACACCUACAGUGGCAAGAACCCUUCCGCGGUGAAAGUGGUGUCGUCGCCUACAAAUUCUUCGACUCUUUUCGGCGCAAUCAGCAUGAUCGAUGAUCCCUUAACGGAAGGGCCCGAAUUGAGCUCAAAAUUGGUGGGGAAGGCUCAAGGGAUGUAUGCAUCAGCUGCACAAGAGGAAUUUGGAUUGAUGAUGGUUAUGAAUUUUGUUUUUAUGGAAGGGAAAUAUAAUGGUAGCACGAUCACGAUUUUAGGGAGGAAUAAGGUGUUUUCCGAUGUUAGAGAGAUGCCAGUGAUCGGAGGCAGCGGACUUUUUCGAUAUGCUAGAGGUUAUGUUCAUGCUAGCACUAGCAAAAAUGAUAUGACCACCGGAGAUGCAGUGGUUGAGUACAAUAUAUAUGUGUUACAUUAUUGAUUAAUUAAUUAUUUAAUAGAUGCUAUCUUAAU